AUGGAUCACGCCAACAUCGGCAUACCUCCCCAGACACAGCUAUUUCAGAGUUGUUGCCAUGAGGCCGAGCGAGCUGCCAUUGUGGCCGCGGCGUUAGAUCAACUACGGGAGGCGCUCCCGGAGUCAUUCCACGGUCACCUCAUCGCCUUGGCUGGGGGAAUUCGGGAUUCGAGCAGGCGGCUCCGCGAUCUCGCCAAUCAUUCCCCGUCUCACAUCGAGCGCGUCCCUCUUGUCCUCAGCUACUUGGAUAUCAUUUUGCCAUGCUUGUGUCGUACCCUGAACGAUAUUAUGGGUUAUUAUGAAGAUAGAACCCUCACUCGCGAGAUCCGGUGGCGGAAGAUGUAUAACCAGAUGACAGAAGAAGCCGGGGGUGUUCCACUUCCCCAGCGUUUUCUUCUUUACAACAAUUUUCUGGGCAUGUUAGGGUACCUUCUUAACAGGUCUCCGAGCUUCGAUCCGAAUGCACUUGAGACGCUCCGUGGCCAUCUUGUUGGGCUGAGAGAGAAACGAGGGAUCCCCCCAUCGCCACAGCAAGUUGACUCCGUCAGUCCUGCCGAAAUAGUAUCUUUGGCAAUCGUUCCCGAUCCAAAUGCACAUUGGGCCGAACAAAUAUUCUCGCUCCCACUAGCCUCUCGAACUGUGCUCAAACAUGUCAAACCGUCAAUGGCAUGCGGCCCAUUCUUUCGACGGGAUCAACUUGCCAUACCUCUAGAACCCAAAGUUCUUUUCCGGCGGCCUUUCGACAACGAGAAGACGUCCGUGGUGGCGUACCUCAACCCGAUCGACCAAGCCCCUUACCUUCUUAUCCGCAGUCUCCAGGGUGAAGUAGCCUGGUUCUCUUCCUAUGGGGUUCACGAGCUUUGUAUUGGGCGCGAAGGUAGCGCGCUGCAGCUUAAACGUUGGAGCCGUUCGGAACAAUGUAGCAAGCUGUGGGCGGCGUUUUAUUUUAUCACAUGGGAAGAGAUGGUGCUCUUCUAUUGCACUUUUGUCGCACUCAAGGCUCGCAACAGGCUAACUGUCCAAAUUGCUCCAACCGAGUUCCAAUUACAAAGAGAGAAACGGCUCUUCCAAGCACAAAUUGUGGACGACGGGUACAAGCACUCGCUAGUUGUGUACGAGGAUCAGCAAACCCAUGGCAUUCGUCUUCAUGCUGCAGUAUGGGAUGGUGAACUCAAGCAAUGUCCAGUUUGGACUGCAUUUGUAACGGCCCAGUCACAGUCUUCAACAUGGAUCAGUCGGCGUUCGAAGCAUCGUGUUUGGUUGAGAAACAUACAGCUUUAUGUCUUUUGUAGGAACUACCGACAAGAAGUUCAGCGGCAAAAUAAGUCCAAGGCAUUCGAGAUAUAUUUUGUGACAGAACAAGGCGCCUCCAAAUUCAAAGAGGCCUUUUCAGCUAUGGAGCUAUCCGGAGGCUCAUCCGGAACCCCAGAGACCGGUACGGGUCCGUCGGGGGGAUGA